AUGGCCGACCGGCACCACCUGGCGUGGCGGCCGUGGCUGUUGGUCGCCGCCGAGGCUGGAAUGAGGAAAAGUCUGACUACGGUCACGCCUCCGGCCUUGAAACACGUCUUCUCGAAGCCUGGGCACCUCGAUGCGAAGCAGGUCGUCCCUCGGCGCACUGUUAUCAAAUCGAAACGGCGCAUGCGGCACGACGGCGGCGGCCAACAAUGCAAGGCGCGACGUGGUUGUGCUGGCGGUGCUAUACUACGCACAACGAUACCAUUACACACACAGCGGCGCUCGAGGGAACCCCACGUGUUGUUCCAUCAUCAGCCAUGCCAUGGCAGCGGCACGCCCGACACGACCCUCGACCCUCGUCCCUCGUUGCGAACCCGACACGGUGCUCGCCGCUGGAAAUUGCGCAUCGUGCCCAGCCUAAUCCCCGAAACCACUAGGCCGUCUCAGGCAGUUUGCUCUCCCAGCAAGAGUACGCGUCGUCGCCGUCAAGGUUCAAGGGGGAGGGCUGUCCACGAUGCUGGGACUGCUAGGACUGCUGGGACUGCUGGGACGUGA